CCAAGAGAAGGGAAGCGCAGCCGAUGACGGCAGAAGACUAAAUGCGGUGCGACGAAAUUAGGAAACUAGCGGGUGCUAGUUGGAAUCGGUUGGCGCAGGACAGGGGCAAUUGGAGAUCGCAGGGAGAGACCUUCGUCCUGCAGUUGACAUAAAACAGGCUGAUGGUCAUGGUGAUGAUUGAAGUAAUGAAAUUCCUUAGCUUCGGAUACGCGAUUGCAAUACAGGUUUCAACUGAAACAGGAAUAACAGCAGUUUUUCUACUACUCAGCUUUAUUCCAUCAGACCCGUGCAGUGAUUAAGAAAAAAAAAAAAGGCGCACCGUGUGUGAGACAUUCCCGACUUCACUCAACGACAUAUGACAAAUACAACGCACUCCUGGCAGCCAUUGGGCCGCUUCUCGCUCUUUUUCACGCACAUGCGAGGCUUGGCGAAUUGAUAAAAGCACGCAAUAUCUGGCAUAUUCUGAUAUAUAAAUUCACAAAGGAAAGGUGAAGUGAUAGUCUGCAUUCGACUGCAGCUGCGCCGUGUGCACCGCUGCAUUGGCUGCACGCGCAUCCGGUGCGCACAGCGCCCCCUGUUUCAUUGCCAUGUUGCAGAGCUCCUCGCUCCCGCCCGUCACACUGUGCCGUCGAUAGUCGCCAUAAAUCUUUGAUGUCGGCGUUUCUUUUGUCUGUGUGCCAACCGGCCUUGUUUGCUCGCAGUGUAGUGCGUAAAUCGUGCGUGGGAAACAGUCGUCGUUCACUGGCGCUUUCGAGCUGGCUGUGCUCAUCAAAUGUCGCCGGCAGCGCAGCGUCACAUGACGGAAUGUCGGGCGAGUCACACGACGGUGGUUCAUGCGAGCGGCCUCCUGCCAGCCUCGAAGAAUCGUACAGGCGCUGCUUUGUGGGCGGCGACCUGUCGGCGCAGUACAAAUCGGCAAGGCCCGUGAUGCCGCCUGCGAUGGUCGCAGACAUCGUCGAGUACGUGAACCAAACGGUUUCAUGCAAGGAUGGUGUUUGUGCCGACGUCGGAUGCGGUCCUGGACAGAGCACGGAACGUUUUUGUCCGCACUUUAGGAGAGUGGUGGGCAUCGACAUCAGCGAGACACAGAUCGGCAUAGCACGAGCAGCUUGCACCGCCAAGAACGUGAGCUUCGAGGUGGCCAACGCCGAGUCCCUUCCCUUGGACGCCGGCUCCGUGGCACUGGUGUCGACGGUGUUGGAACCGCGAAACGUAACAACGGUGAAUGCGCUGCACUGGUUCCACUGGGAUUCCUUCUUCGCCGAGGUUCGCCGGGUGCUGGUGGACGGCGGCGUAUUCUGCCCGUCGAUGUACCGGCUGCGCGCCGUGGCUGAGCCGGGGCUCGAGGACUGCUUCGAGAAGUUUCGGCACCAGGAGUUUAAGGGCUACCUGACUGCUCAACACGACUUCUGGACGUACGGCUACGAGACAACAGAGGUCCCCUUCAGGGACGUUCACAAGAAGGACUUUGCAGUAAAAGAGAAAACGAGGUUAUCGGAUGUCAUGGCAUGUGUUAGGACGUGGAGUUUUGUGAUACGAAUGGAAGAAAAGGAACCCGAGCGUGCCAAGCAGGCUCUCGAGAGACUGGAGACGAGAAUUCGCUCGAAACUUGGCAAGCCUGAUGAAGACGAUCCUGAUGUUCAAGUAGCCUACAGAGCAUCUUACAUCCUUUGUCGAAAGUGAAAUACCUGGGAAAUUAUAAGAAUAUGCUCGUGCGCAUGCCUCGGGUUCAGUAAAUCAACAAUUAAAAUACGUCAGGCCGGCUCAGACAAUUCUGCAGAGGGGACCAAUAAACUUGUUGCUUACAGUUUA